UUGCCGAUGGAGAGUCCAGGAAUGUGCUGUUCUAAUGGAAAAGUCAUUUUAGCGGAGCCUGUUAUUCCAUUGUUUCUACAGCAACUUUUUUCUAAUCAAGAUGAAAUCGCUUCAGAAUUUUGUUAUAAAGCGCAACUUUAUAAUUUAGCUUUUACUUUUACUUCAGUAGGUGUUCACAUCGAUCGUAACCUUGCUAAUGCAAGAGAUGAACUCGGCUCCGAACCUCAAUUUCUUCAAAUGUAUAUCUGGGACACACAAAAUAAGAUGCAUCAUCAAACAAACGUCAUUCCCACUUCCAACCUUAAUUUGUCUACUAUGUAUACCUUAAAGACUAUGCUAGACAAUGUUAAUCCGUAUGUUACGAAUUUUUGUCAUAUUUCAAAUUUACCUAUAGAAACUAUUAAGAAUUUAUUAGUACAUAUCUGUACUAAUAUUGCCGGGCUUGACCAAAGAACUUUUAAUAUGCCAACAGCUUCUCAAGUAGCUGCUCUUUGGAUCGAUAGUGACAUAUCUCAUGAUGCUGUUCAACAACGUGAUAUUGUAUUGCAUACUUCAAUAGAUCAAUUGAUACGCAUUGCAGAAUUUAGUAAAUAUUAUGACCCAUUGGCAGACAUCGUACUUAAAGCUGAACAACCUGAUUUUAACAAAGGUUCUGAUGAAGAAAAGUCUAAUACUGAAGAUUUCAAUGACGAAGAUUCUAACGAUGAAGAUUCUAAUGAUGAAAAUGACACUAAUGUUAACAAUAAGCAAAAAAAAACAGAGAGAAUUUGUGAGUGCGAUGGAGUAUUAUUCAUAUCGACUUCAAAUUCGUCUACAACGCAUAAAUAUACUUUUACAAGUGGGAAAACUCUUCCAGCAAUAUAUGGUUGA